UCUUCGGUCCAGACUGAGUUUGUUGCUAUUGCAGUCAUGUGGUUCACUCUCCUUGUGUCAUGUCUUCUGCUUGCUCCAUGUAUCCACUCUGUCCAGUGGUGCUACCAGAGCCAAUAUUCAUGUGAGGAUAGUUGCAGAGAGCCCAGUGAGUGGGAUAAAGACUUUCCAGAUUGUGGAGGCCAGAACCAGUCACCCAUUAACAUUGUCACACGCAAGGCGAGGCUCAACCCCCGUCUAACCCCCAUCAUCUUUGAAGGUUACACACAACCUCUGAACGUCAGUGUGCAGAACCUCGGAAACACCGCCGUGCUUACACUUCCUCCAUCUCUGCGGAUCCGAGGCGGGGAUCUGCCUACCACCUACCAGGCCCUUCAGCUGCAUCUCCACUGGGGAGUGAAUGACGGACCAGGCUCAGAACACACCGUUGAUGGGGAGCAGUAUCCUAUGGAACUCCAUAUUGUUCACAUAAAAGAGCAGUACAAAACACUGAAGGAAGCCAUGAAUGAUACAGUAGGGGUAGCAGUUCUUGCCUUCUUUUAUGAGGUGUCUACAGAAGAAAACCAGAAGUUCGAUCAACUGAUUCAGGCUUUGGGAAGAAUUCCAUAUAAUGGGAACACCAGUAAUGUCACAGAAUUCCAAGUGACUGAUAUCUUGCCUUCGUUGGAGAAGCUUUCCAGUUACUACCGUUACUCAGGUUCUCUGACCACACCAGGCUGUGAUGAGGGCAUCCUCUGGACUGUCUUCCAGCAGCCUUUUUCCAUCAGCCAACAACAGCUGGUGAACAUAACCAGGCAGAUGUGGUUUGAGAGGGGAAAGCCCAUGGUUCAAAACUUCCGCCCAGUGCAGAAGCUGAAUGGACGCACAGUGUACAAAUCCACGGCAUGUUCCUGUACAUCAUCAGGACCAGUCUUUCUGUGUCUGUGUCUCCUCUGUAUCUUACUGCUGAUAGAGGGUAUAUUCACAUAA